CUGAUAGGCAUCAAUGACUGGCAUUUAUAGGCAGCAUUGACCGGCACUGAUGGUUGGCACUGAAAGGCAGCUCUGAUGUGCACUGAUAUAUGGCAUUCAUGUGCACUGAUGGGCACUGGUAUAUGGCAUUGAUAGGCACUGCCAGGUGGCAAUUAUGGUCACUGACAGGUGGCACUUAUGGGGCUACACUUAUCAUCAGGGCACUAAUGAUCAGUGCUCUGCGGCUCUCGCUGUCAGCGUGGGGAGAGGACUGCCGAUAACCAGCAUU